AUGUCCGAUCUUAACAAAAAACAACCUGAUGCGCCUAAUCGCAAAGAUGACGUGUCCGUGGACAUAGAGCGUCGAGGCUUAGGAGAUCUGCCAAACUGUCUACAAGCUCUCAGCUCUGACGAGUACAUCAAAAUUGGUCGAAAGGCAACCCUGAAGAUGGAUCUCAUCCUCUUGCCGUGCCUUAUGGCCAUGUACAUUCUCAACUACCUCGACCGGAACAACAUUGCGUCGGCAAAACUGGCGAACAUCAUGGAGGAUCUUGGUCUUUCUAAUACAGAGUACCAGACAUGUGUCUCUAUUCUCUUCGUAGGCUACAUUAUAUUCCAAAUCCCAUCCAACAUGGCUCUUGGCAAGAUCAAAUGGCCGGGUGUGUACAUCUGCAGUGCCAUGGCUGUCUGGGGCAUCAUCUCGGCUGCACAGACUGGAGUCCAAAGUUUUGCUGGUCUAGCUGUUUGCCGUUUCUUCAUCGGCCUGGUGGAGGCGGUCUUCUUCCCCGGAGCGUUGUUCUACUUGUCCUUGUUUUACAAUCGCAAACAAUACGCCCUACGUGCAGCGCUAUUCUACUCUGGGUCACAACUUGGGAAUGCUUUCGGUGGUUUGCUCGCAAUCGCGCUACUGAAGCUGGAUGGCAAAUAUGGCCUUGAAGGAUGGCGCUGGCUUUUUCUUGUCGAGGGUGUAGUCACAAUUGGACUGGCCAUCGCAUUCGCCUUCGUCUUGCCGAACAGCCCGUCCGACAUGAAGAGUCUGACGGAGACCGAACUUGCGUGGGUUCGUUGGAACUAUGAAAGCGACCAGGGCCAACAAGACAAUCGAUCCGAAAUCACUGCCUUGCAAGGGCUGAAUCUUGCAGCGAAGGACCCCAAGACGUGGCUAUUCCUCGCAACAGUUUACUGUCUCUUCAUCUCAGCGGGGGUUACCAAUUUCUUUCCGCCGGUUGUCGCGACCUUGGGCUACGAUCGGACCACCACGUUGGCCCUUACAGCACCGCCGUUCGUUUUGUGUUGUGUGGUCAUGCUGAUUGUAGGCUUCCACUCCGAUCGCGUUGGCGAACGUUACUACCACAUCGUCUUGCCGCUGGGCGUGACCCUCAUCGCCAAUGUCAUCGCGGUCUCAACGCUGAGUACAGCCGGCCGGUACAUUGCCAUGAUGUUGAUGCCGCCAUCUUUCUAUGCAGCCUUUACUGUCCUUCUUUCUUGGAUCACGGGGACUUUGAACCAACCUGUUGCCAAACGUGCGUCCGCCAUCGCACUCAUCAUUUCAGUCUGCAAUACUACAAACGUCUGGACGCCAUAUCUGUACAACAACGCGCCUCGUUACUUUGUAGCGUUCACUGUCAAUCUAGUUGCCUCCGCUGCUGCCAUUCUCGUCGCUACGAUAACGCGGUUGUACCUGAGCAAGCAAAACCAAAAGCUCGACCGAGGAAAGCCUACGGGCAGAAGUGGUCCGACAGAAGCACAAAUUGCAAGUGGCUAUCGAUAUCAGUUGUAG